GAGCCGCCGGAGGAGGAGCGGCGCAGGGGAUGCGGCUGUGGCGGCGGCGGCGGCGGCCGAGCGCGGUGGGCGGCAGUGGCGGCGGCGGGGGUCGCGGGCAGGCGAUGGCGCGGCGGCGCUGAGGGCGUGGGGUGGGCGGCGGCCAGAAGGUGGGCGGUGCGGGAGGAAGCGGCAGCGGCGGCGGCUGCUCCAUGGCCCGGGCGCGCUAAGAGACGCGGCUCUCGCUUCAGCCCGGCGGCAGCCGAACAAUGAAGCUCCUGAAGCCGACCUGGGUCAACCACAAUGGCAAGCCAAUUUUUUCAGUUGAUAUUCACCCUGACGGGACCAAGUUUGCAACUGGAGGGCAAGGGCAGGAUUCUGGGAAGGUUGUGAUCUGGAAUAUGUCGCCAGUCCUCCAGGAGGAUGACGAGAAGGAUGAAAAUAUUCCCAAGAUGCUUUGCCAGAUGGACAAUCAUUUAGCAUGUGUGAACUGUGUACGGUGGUCAAACAGUGGAAUGUAUUUAGCUUCUGGGGGAGAUGACAAACUGAUCAUGGUGUGGAAGCGGGCUACGUACAUUGGCCCCAGCACUGUGUUUGGCUCCGGUGGUAAGCUUGCCAACGUGGAGCAGUGGCGAUGCGUCUCCAUCCUCCGAAGUCACUCGGGCGAUGUGAUGGAUGUUGCCUGGUCUCCCCAUGAUGCCUGGCUGGCCUCUUGCAGCGUGGAUAACACUGUUGUCAUCUGGAAUGCUGUCAAGUUCCCAGAAAUUCUAGCUACGCUAAGAGGCCAUUCUGGUUUGGUGAAAGGGUUGACAUGGGACCCUGUUGGUAAAUAUAUCGCCUCUCAAGCUGAUGACCGAAGCCUGAAGGUGUGGCGGACGCUGGACUGGCAGUUAGAGACCAGCAUCACCAAGCCUUUUGAUGAGUGCGGAGGGACGACCCAUGUGUUACGACUCAGCUGGUCACCUGAUGGGCACUACCUAGUGUCUGCUCACGCCAUGAACAACUCUGGCCCCACCGCCCAGAUCAUUGAGCGAGAAGGCUGGAAGACCAACAUGGAUUUCGUGGGCCACCGGAAAGCCGUGACUGUCGUGAAAUUCAACCCCAAAAUCUUCAAAAAGAAGCAGAAGAACGGAAGUUCUGCGAAGCCCAGCUGUCCGUACUGCUGCUGUGCUGUGGGCAGCAAGGACCGCUCGCUCUCCGUCUGGCUCACGUGUCUGAAACGACCUUUGGUUGUCAUCCAUGAACUGUUUGACAAAUCUAUCAUGGAUAUUUCCUGGACUCUGAAUGGGCUGGGCAUCCUGGUGUGCUCCAUGGACGGCUCUGUGGCAUUCCUGGACUUCUCCCAGGAUGAGCUUGGAGAUCCUCUGAGCGAGGAGGAGAAGAGCCGCAUCCACCAGUCCACCUAUGGCAAGAGCUUGGCCAUCAUGACCGAGGCUCAGCUCUCCACAGCUGUCAUCGAGAAUCCCGAGAUGCUCAAGUACCAGCGGAGACAGCAGCAGCACCUGGAUCAAAAGAGUGUCUCAGCCAGAGAAACAGGCUCAACCACUUCUGUUGCAGUUAAUGGGGAGAGUCUGGAAGACAUCAGAAAGAACCUUUUAAAGAAACAAGUUGAGACUCGGACGGCAGAUGGUCGGAGAAGAAUCACACCUCUCUGCAUAGCACAGCUGGACACUGGGGACUUCUCCACAGCAUUCUUUAACAGCAUCCCACUCUCUGGAUCUCUGGCGGGCACUAUGCUCUCCUCCAAUAACAGUCCGCAGCUACUGCCUCUGGAUUCCAGUACCCCCAACUCCUUCGGAACCUCAAAGCCUUCCACAGAGCAUGUUUCGGCAGCCGGCUCCAAGCCUGCGGGCGAGUCUGUCAAUAAAGACAGUGUGACUGCUACCUCUGCUCCCGCUGCAACGUCUCCCUCUGUGCUAACCACCCCGUCCAAGAUUGAACCCAUGAAAGCAUUUGACUCCCGAUUCACAGAGCGAUCCAAAGCCACAUCAGGUGCUCCUGUCUUGACCAGUGUGACACCACCAGCUAUUGAAAGGUUGAAAGAGCAAAACCUGGUGAAAGAAUUAAGGCCUCGGGACAUUCUAGAGAGCAGCAGUGACAGCGACGAGAAGGUUCCUGUGGCCAAGCCUUCUUCCCUUUCCAAGAGGAAACUUGAGCUGGAAGCAGAGACGGUGGAGAAGAAGAAGAAAGGGCGGCCUCGGAAGGAUUCCCGUCUCAUGCCUGUGUCUCUCUCUGUCCAGUCUCCAGCUUCCCUGACUGCAGAGAAGGAUGCCUUGUGUUUGUCUGCACCAGCACUUGCACUGAAGCUGCCGAUUCCAGGCCCACAGCGAGCCUUCACCCUCCAGGUGAGCUCCGACCCCUCUAUGUACAUUGAGGUGGAGAAUGAAGUGACAGCCGUAGGAGGUGUGAAGCUGAGCCGCUUGAAGUGUAACCGGGAAGGGAAGGAGUGGGAGACGGUGCUCACCAGCCGGAUUCUCACUGCUGCUGGCAGCUGUGAGGUGGUGUGUGUCGCCUGUGAAAAGAGGAUGCUAUCAGUGUUCUCCACCUGUGGCCGCCGGCUCCUUCCUCCUAUCCUCCUGCCGUCCCCAAUCUCCACUUUGCACUGUACAGGCUCCUACGUCAUGGCCCUCACCGCUGCAGCCACGCUGUCUGUCUGGGAUGUUAACAAACAGGUGGUGGUGGUAAAAGAAGAGUCUCUACACUCCAUCUUGGCAGGAAGUGAUAUGACGGUGUCACAAAUCUUGCUGACCCAGCAUGGAAUCCCAGUGAUGAACCUGUCCGAUGGGAAGGCAUACUGCUUUAAUCCCUCUCUUUCUACGUGGAUCCUGAUUUCUGACAAGCAGGACUCCCUGGCCCAGUGCGCAGACUUCAGGAGCAGCCUGCCGUCCCAGGAUGCCAUGCUGUGCUCAGGACCAUUAGCUAUCAUCCAGGGCCGCACUUCCAAUUCGGGAAGACAAGCCGCUCGACUCUUCUCCAUGCCUCACAUGGUACAGCAGGAGACCACCUUGGCCUACCUAGAGAACCAGGUUGCCGCAGCCCUCAGCCUGCAGUCCAGCCACGAGUACCGCCAUUGGCUCCUCAUCUAUGCACGGUACCUGGUGAAUGAAGGGUUUGAAUACCGACUCCGAGAAAUAUGCAAGGACUUACUGGGUCCGGUUCACUGCUCCACUGGAAGCCAGUGGGAGUCAACAGUAGUGGGUCUCCGGAAGAGAGAGCUGCUGAAGGAGCUGCUUCCGGUCAUUGGGCAGAACCUCCGCUUCCAGAGACUUUUCACCGAGUGUCAAGAACAACUCGACAUCCUGAGGGACAAGUAGCUUGCCUUGGCCUGCCCCAGCUGCAGCAAAGGAACGGCCACGAUGUGGCCACUGACCACACCCAGGGCCACAUUCCACCUGGCGGGAUUACAGGAGGAGGAGGAAUCACGGGCAUGAGGUGUGGUGUCCGGCAUCAGCACUGGCCCAGAAUCCUGGGCAUAGUUCCCCUGCAUCCUGAGUAUGCCCCUUCACAAGGGGCCAGCUCUGCCUACCACUCAGCCCUCACUUCAGGACCCUCAUGCAGGGCUGGGGCUAGAAUCUGGCCCUGCUACCUUUGGGUCAGAGUGGCUUUCCUGAGCCUGCCGUCUGCAGCGUGACCCCAAGGUGAACACUUAUCCCUGCUGUGGCAGGUGCUGUGCUGCUUCAGCAUGAAUGAGCCAUUUGUGGAGGAGACGGUCCUGAACAUUAAUGUAUAACACAGUCCGUAGACUGAACUGAGACCUAUGAACGGAAAAGCUGUUCCAACACAUGGACUAUUUUUGUACUAGAAUUUGCUAACUUGUAAUAUCUCAUUUUCCUUUUGGCUGAUAAUCAGGAUUUCCCUAUAAGUCACUUGGACAGUGUUCACUUGUAGGAAAUUGAAACUCUAAUUAUGACAGCUACAUUGAAAAAUAAUUGUACUGAAAUUAACUUGUCUAUCUUCAUUUGGUUUUCAUUUUUAAAUGUUUGUAAAAAGAGACUGUUUUUUGGGGUGGGCAAUUUCUUUUGUAAAAUAAAUGAACACACAUUGGAUACCAA